UCCUACCAAUUUGUGAUAAUCGAGUCGUCGGCUAUUUCUCUUCAAAUCAAAAUUCUACAAUCACAGAAGACCAAGUUUCAAAACUGACACAUGCAGUUUUUGCUUUUGUCAAUAUGACUCAGGGUGGAAAUUUGAAUAUUAUCAAUCGUCAGCGGUUUUUAAGUUUAACGAAAAUUGCAAAACAGCAAACGCCACCCGUUAAAGUUAUGAUUUCAAUUGGUGGAGACGAUAAUUCCAAUAACUUCUAUAAGGUUUUAAAUAGUCCCAACAGAAGGAAAGUUUUUUUGAAUGCUACCACAUCAUUUCUCCAAAUUUAUGGCAUUGACGGUAUUGAUUUAUUUUGGAAAUGGCCAGGAGGAGCAUCUAAGACACUUUAUACUAAGUUUAUCAGUGAUCUGAGACAUAACCUUCAACAAAAAAAUAAAAACUAUAUCUUAUCAAUAGUACUUCCACCACCUGAUUUGGAAGGAAACUACGAGGCUGGAAUCAAUAUCACCAGUAUUGUUAAUAAUGUUGAUUUUCUGAAUAUAUUCACAAUGGGAUACUUUGGUCCAUGGCCAAACCCGAAAGGAAUGAUAACUGGGGCAACUUCUCAACUUUUUUAUGGAGUUAAUGGAGUUUUGGGAAGAAGAAAUUACAAUAUUCACCACUCAGUACAGAGCUAUGUUUGUAAAACCGAUCAAUCUAACAAAUAUAACAUUGCAAUUCCAUUUUAUACAAUGCUCUGGAAGCAUGUUCAAGGCCCAAUCAACCCUCCAAAUAUUGAAAUUUAUCGAAAUGCAACAUUUAAUGGAACUGUUUUUGGAGAAGCGAAUAUGUCUAGAAAGUUGGUUCAGCAGGAAGGUUACGAUCUGUCGCAUCCUACAUUUAACUCUGAAAUUAGAGCUGCAUUUAAAUAUAAUGCUACUACAGAAACAUUCCUAACAUUCGAAACGAAUGACACAAUUGCAGCAAAGAUUGAUUAUGUGAAGGAUCGGAUAUUGGGGGGAGUAUGGAUUUGGGGAGUGGAUAUGGAUGACAAUUCAAAUAGUUUAUUGAGUCUUGUGAAGUUCACUGAAUAUUGCGACUCUGGGAAUUCUACAAUUUAUAAAUGCUAA